CUCUCGCUUUCCUUCCCUUCCCUCCCUCGUAACUCGAGACAUGUCGCUCGCCAGGUCGCCUCUUUUGCGAGCUGCGACUCGCAGCGUCAGCGCUCGUACGCCGCUGGCCCGGUCCUUUACGACGUCCAAGGCCGACACGAUUCCGAUUGCUGCCUCUGCCGACAAUGGGAUUCAAACGACUUCGAUCACAGUUGCUGUCCGAGCUGGACCACGGUUCGAGACGAGCCCCGGUGUUGCCCACGUCCUGAAGAACUUCACCUUCAAGUCCAACGCCAAGAGGUCUGCGCUCGCACUUGUCCGAGAAGCCGAGCUCUACGGAGGUGUGCUGUCAGCGUCAUUGACCAAGGAGCACCUCCUCCUCAACGCCGAGUUCCUGAGGGGCGACGAGGACUACUUUGUUGAGCUGCUCGGUGACGUUCUCUCUUCGUCCAAGCUCCUCCCUCACGAAUUCUCCGAGGAGGUUGUGCCCGCCGUCCAGUCCGAGUACGAGCAGGCCCUCAACCAGCCCCAGGUCCUUGGUCUCGACAAGCUCUCGCAGACUGCCUACCGACAGCGUGGACUUGGUGCAUCCCUCUUCUCAGACCCAGCAUCGCCCGUGUCGCACAGCGAUGCGGUCAAGUUUGCCCAGGCUGUCUUUGCCAAGGACAACAUCGCCGUCGUUGGCUCGGGCAUCGACGAGUCGCACCUCAGCAAGCUCGUCGGCAAGCACUUUGCCAACGUGCGCUCCAACAAGGGGCCCAUUCAGGCUGGUUCCAAGCAGUACUUUGGCGGUGACGCCCGGGUGUCCUUUGUGCCCCAUGAGGGUGCAGAGGGACCGCACGCCCACUUUGGCCACUACUUUGUCGCCUUUGAGGGUGCUGGCGUUGACGCCUCGCCCGAGCUGUCCGUCCUGCGCUCGCACCUCGGCGGCGAGUCGUCGGUCAAGUGGACCACCGGUCUCUCGCCCUUGGCCCAGCUCAAGGACAAGGUGGCUGGCGCCGAGGCGACUGCAUUCAACCUCGCCUUUACCGACUCGGGCCUGUUUGGAGCCUACAUCACUGCUCCCCACGCCAAGCUGCUCGAUGCAGCAAAGGAGGUUGCCAAGGUACUCAAGGACGCCAGCAGCAGCAUCAGCGCAGAGGACCUCACCAAGGCCAAGGCCAAGGCGAGGUUCGAGGCGGCCGCUGCCAUCGAGAGCAGAGCAGGCAUUCACGCAGCCGUCGGUGGUCAGCUCCUCGAGGCCAAGGUGCAGGCCCUCGACGAGACCCUGGCCAAGAUCGAGGGCGUGAGCGCGUCCAACCUUUCUUCGGCUGCCGCCAAGCUCCUCAAGAGCAAGCCCACAACGGUUGCCGUCGGCGACGUCUACAAGCUGCCCUACGCAGACGAGUUUCUUUAAGAGAGUAUCAAAAGUAAUCGGCUUUUCUCAGGGCCACUAGGUCC